AUGUGUCCUUAAAUCCAAAGCCAGAAAAGCCCCCAGCUGAUGCCCCUCAAACCAUGGACCAUCAGGUGCAGCUGCGAGGGGCAAUUCCAUAAUUUCCCCACCACAAGAAGAGAUUCUGCCGGUGCCGGAGCAGCUGAGCUAACCACCUGCCGGGCUCUUGUCUCGUCGUCUGUAACUUGGCUGGUAAGCAAGUCGUCACCCGUCAGCCACCAGCAGCUAGGCUGUUUGCCCACCCGUCCAUCGUUUGCGUGACCAAGAAAUCAAGAACUCAGGCAGGGCUCGCCCUCUUCCUCCUCCUCCUCCUCCUCCUCCCGCCGUGAAUUCCACGCUGGUUCAGGGAUGUCGACCGAGCUCCUGACGAAAUUCCUCACGUAGGUGCCCGCCCCUUCCAUCCCUGUCCAGACCUUUCUUAGCCUGAAAUUUGGUUGCUGUUCGGGUAUGCCAUGCCAGCGCUGGAGUGCUUCAAGGCGAUCGAGCAGCGGCCAGGCCGGGCAGAUCAGCUCCGCUUCUGGUGCCAGUAUUGGAUCAUCUUGGUCCUCCUUGUCAUGUUCGACGAAAUUGCUGGGGUUCUCAUUUCCAAGAUUCCAAUGUACUACGAGCUCAAGCUAGCCUUCCUCGUCUACUUGUGGUACCCAAAGACAAGGGGAACGGACAUCGUGUACGAGACCUUCCUCCAGCCGCUGGUGAUGCAGUACCAGCCCAACAUCGAGGCCAGGCUACAGUACCUUCGCGCCAACGCCGGUGACAUCCUCGUCUUCUACCUCAAGAACUUCACCGAGAGGGGCUACGACCUCUUCCUCCGGGUGCUCGACUACGUCCGGUCGCAGGCGUCCAAAGGGUCAAGAACACGGAGAUUCUUCUCGUUCCGAGGGGAACGGGCGGAGAGGCCAAGCUUCGCCGACGACGACUAUGCCACCGGCGGCGACCGGAGGGACGGGGGAAGGCACCGCCGGCCACGUAGUGGCUACUAGCAGACCAAGACACCAAGUAGUCAAUUGAUGUAUAGGAUGUGCACAGAGACAGAAACGAUUACUCGCGUAGGAUUAGGUAGGAUCAAAUCAAGCAAACCAUUGUGAACCAGAUUGAUUUGAACACAGAUGGCUUAUGGACAAAACUUGUAGGAUUCUAUCUUUUCAAAGGGUAGGAAACGUUUGAUUAUUUGAGCAAGUAUGUUUAUCAUCUGACAUUCUGAUCUCAA